AUGCCUCUUCGCCAAAUGGGAAGAAAUGGCCCUUUGGUCCCCGCUCUAGGUUUCGGCUUGAUGAAUCUGUCUCACUUAGUUUAUGGCGCUGUUCCAAGCGAUGAAGAACGGUUCAAGAUCCUUGACUAUGCUGUUGAGCAUGGAGCAACUUUCUGGGACACCUCUGAUCUCUAUGGAGAUGGUGAAGAGCUCUUGGGAAAGUGGUUCAAACGAACAGGGAAACGAGAUCAGAUCUUCCUUGCAAACAAGUUCGGGUUCGUCAAAGGGAGCAAGACCUUGGCAGUUAACACAUCUGGUGCUUAUUGUAAGGAGGCAUGUGCAGAAAGUCUGAAGCAGCUUGGCAUUGAGUCGAUUGAUCUCUACUAUGUGCACAAUGCCAACCCGGAAACCCCCAUUGAGGAGGCUAUGAGAGCUCUGUCAGAAUUGAAAGCUGACGGUAAGAUAAAAUACAUCGGGCUGUCAGCUAUUACAUCCGCCACACUUCGUCGUGCAUACAAAAUUGCACCUGUCACCGCAGUACAGCCAGAAUAUUCUCCAUUUACUCGCGAGAUCGAAGGUCCUGCUGGCACGAAUCUACUCGAUACCUGCCGCGACCUUGGAAUUGCUGUUGUAUGCGCGGCACCACUCGGUCGAGGAUUACUCACUACCACGUUCAGCAAGGGCGAAGCUGUCGGUGACAGCAGCGACGCACGUCCCAAGCGCAUGCCACGCUUUCUAGAAAGUAAUAGAGAGCACAAUCUCAAUAUUGUCACCCAUUUCAAAGCUUUGGCAGACAAGAAGGGCUGCACAAUCUCCCAGCUUGCGUUGGCAUGGCGUUUGAAACAAGGCGAUGAUAUUUUCCCCAUUCCUGGCACUAAGCAGCUUAAGAAUUUGAAAGAGAAUUUGGAGACUCUCGAUAUUAAUCUCACUGAUGAGGAGGAAGCCGAGAUCAGAGCCUUUGUCGAGAGUUCGGAGAUGGCUGGUGGUUUAGCUCCUCCACAGUACGAAGCCUAUCUGUUACGAGACACUAAGGAGGAAGCAGCAUGA